AAAAUAACUUUUUUUAAAAAAAUAAAAAUAAAUAAAUCCUUUCAAAACUCUCACCGUUGCACGAGCCAAGAAGGGAAAUGAAUUCCUAAUUUAUCUUCCCGCCGUAAUAAUCCAGUGGGCAACCGCGGCGGAGGGACGUAGAUUCUCUGAUAUUUACAGCGUGUUAGGGUUCUCUCAUGGCGGAAUUGUCUUCAAAAGAGGAGCUCAUCCGGCUAAUCAAGCGGUUCGGGAGUAAUCUAAGUGUCAAACUCUCCAGUUUAUUCUCCAUAUUGUUUCAAACCCAGAAUUUCCGAUCUCUUAGUGCUAUUGCGGGUUUUGCUCUUGCUGUAAUCUUCUCAUGGAAACUGUUAAAACCACCAAGUGAACAUCAUAGAAGGCAACGGAAAAGGCAAACUCCUGCAGCAGGCAACUCUGACAUUGGCACAAGUUCAGAUUCACAAUUGAUAACUUCUGGAACUUCUUCUCCUCCAGAGGAUUCAGGUGCACAAAAUGUUGACAAUGAAUUUUACCGGCCAGUAAAGCCAACUUUGGAGCAAAUUGUUAGACAGAAGCUUGGUGGUGGAAGAAAGGUUACUUGUCGUCUUCUUGGAAUAAUUUUGGAGGAAAGUAGUCCAGAAGAGCUGCAGGUUAAUCAAGCAACUGUAAGGUCAUCUGUCGUGGAUGUGCUUUUAGUGAUCAUAAAUUAUUGUGAUCUCUAUUUGAUGGAAAGAGCACUUGAUGAGGAAAGUGAGAGAAAGGUUAUAGUGGCUCUGGAAGAUGCUGGUGUUUUCACAUCAGGUGGCUUGAUCAAGGAUAAGGUUCUCUUCUGUAGUACAGAAAAUGGGAGGACAUCGUUUGUUCGGCAACUAGAACCCGAUUGGCAUAUUGACUCUGAUCCUGAAAUCGUUUCUCAACUAGCGAGAUUCAUCAAGUGUCAACUUCACAUAUCUCAAGUGAAGCCUGAGAAGAUGGCCUCCAAUGUUUUCACCUCGGCAUCACUGGAGCAGUUCUUUCAAUGCACAUAACACAGACCAGCAGAAGUAUAUAUGUAAAAUUUGUCUUUCGUUCUUCUUCUUCUUGGAUUUUACAUGCAUUAUUCCUUUAAAUGAUGUUAUCCGAUUCAGCUUUCAGGAAAAAUGCUCGAUUUUGUUCAAUAAAAUCCCUCCCGGAAAAACUAAGUGCAAAUUAGCUGUAUGAAUAGCAAAUUGGAUGAAUGAGAUCAAGUUACUACUUCCCCAUCUUUAGGAAUGAUCCAUUUUUCCAUCUUAACUCUGGCUUGUAAUGAAUAAUAUUAGACAACAUUUUACUGUAGGUUUUCUGUUCUUUUUAUUUAUUUGUUUUUACAAUGUAAGUGAAUCAGGAAAAGGGAAGGUUUGUGGAUUUAUAUCGAUGCA